UCUUCUGGGUGCAACUGGACAGCUUAUGAAGAACGCGAGGUUCUGAGCAGGUGGUCUGCAAAUCUAGAGUCUCUGAUGUUGUCCCACCCGAGGUCAAGAAGAGAACGUGAAUCUGUUGAGGAGAGGCCUCAGAGAGCCCUGGAGUCCACAGAGGCUUCCCCUGCUUACACUGGGCCGAGAUGGCUUCAACAUGGCCGUGGCCUUUCAAGCGAGUUUGUACAGGGACUUGUCACAGGACACGAUGGACAGAAUGGCCCUCCGACCAGGAGCUGUGCUCUGAAUAUGCGAACGCCGGAAAAGGAGGUUUCCCACUUCGACUUUGAGGCCUACCUGGCCGACUUUGCAAUCACGCCUCCAAAAGGUGUCCCAGCCUACCGGCGGCGAGCUUCCAGUGGUGCUUACCAGGAGAUUGCAAGACAGGCCGAAUCUCUGCACUCGACGCGAAGCCUGAAGGAUUAUCAGGCAGACGUAGAUAGACAUGUCCACCCCGAGAGGACAGUUGCGAGAACGCUUGCGCUCCAAGCGCAGACGCAUUCUUGGAGGCAUGUUUCGGAAGUGCAGGCUGGCAAAGUCGGCAAAGCAGCUCAAUCCGAGGAGAAGCUGCAAGAAUUCUCCAUCAGAUCUCCAGGGUUCUGCGCUGCAGCUGCAUCUCAGUCUUGGGAGGACCUUCCCCUCCAGCUGCAGAACGCACUCGAGUUCUUGCGCAAAUUGCCCUACUACCCACAAACACUUCUAAGAAAUGCCAGGCCUUUCUUGCCGCCACCCACCAAGCCCACUUUGGUCUUAGACCUGGACGAAACCUUGGUGCACUGUUGUCGGGGUUUGACUCAGAUGGCAACUCUGCCAGACAUGAUAGUCGAGUUUGACGAUGGCAUCAGUACCGGCCGCGUGCAUUUCCGACCGUUCGUGCAAAUCUUCUUGGAGGUGGUGUCCAGAACCUUUGAAGUCGUGGUUUUCACAGCAUCGCAGCAAUCCUAUGCAGACCAGGUCAUUGAUGCUUUGGACCCAGCAAGGGCAUUGAUUUCCCACCGGCUUUAUCGGCAGCACUGUACGGAGUUCCGCGGUGCAUACUUCAAAGAGCUGGGCCUGUUGGGCAGACCAUUGAGCCAGUGUGUUCUCGUCGACAAUUCGCCAAUCUCUGUGGCAUGCAAUGCUCAGAAUGGCGUCUUGAUUCGAAGCUGGUACGGUGAUCUGCAGGAUCAGGAACUUCUGGCUCUUCUGGAGGUCUUGGAGGAUAUGCAGAAGUGUAGCGCUCAAGGUGGUUAUGACAGGUAUUUGUCACGGCGGUAUGGCCUUCAUGACUUCUUCCAGGCCCUCCUGGACCUGUCUGACGCAUGAAAAAAUGUUGGGACCAUCGCAUUCGGUACGACUUCGUUCAGACUCCUGAAAGUGAACAGGGAAAAGAUCAACCUUGACCUGCUGUUCGAUACAGAGUCCGUCUUGCAAAAGGCAGAGUAUCACUAUGACAACUGCACUGUCAGGUUGCACAUGGAACCCAGCAUGUUACUUGCACCUCCUUCAUGCGGCACCGUUUUUAUGGACUGUACGUACUCUGCCUUUGUCCUCAUCUUUGACAGAUUUGAAGGCUUUGCUCCAAGUUUUUUUGACUUAAAGCUUCCUAGAAGCUGCGGGGGUACCCCAAAGCGGCCACAGCUUUGGGAAGACCCUCCAGUUUGGGUUGAGCAAGGGUGUGCUCUGAGCUGUUUAACAGCUCGAAAUUCGCAACAGAACCCCGCGCAUGCAAACUGCUAUUGGAGGGCCAUUGCAGGAUUGUGGGCCAAUGAUAGAUCUGAUGGACGGGAAAAGGCAGAGCCA